AGGAAAAGGGAGUUUGAGAUUUGUUCAAAUGGCGUGUCGUAUUUACGUAGCCCGUCGAUAUUUCUUCGCUGAUAAUACCACGGGUUUAACCGAAGAACAGCUUCGUCGUCGUGCGCUACGAAAAUCUAUAUUCACAAUUGUAAAGUUGGUAAUCUUUUUGAUAAUAUGGAUGAGCUUUACAAUAUACAUAAUUUUAACGCCAUCGUUUGAACCGAAAGAAAUGGUUGUACCCCUUCCGCCUAAGGAAAAGCAAAUUGUAAUGGUAGAUAAAGAAUCUACUAGAGAUUUUAUAGGUGUUGAUUUAAGGGGAAAUAUCGAUGUUAAAAAAACAGUGCAUCCCAAACAAGCUUCGGAGAACGAUCCAUAUGUUAUAGUUGCUGUGGAGGCAUUUAAUAUAAAGACGGAUGUUAUUAUCUGGAAGUCGAAGGAGUGGCGAGUUUAUAUCGAUGAAUCGGAUUUACAGGAAUUGCACACUGUGAAAAAUAAUUUUGCACUGGAUAAAGACAUAAAAAAGUUGCUCAUUAAAGAUGCGACAUUCGACACACUAUGGAAGGACAGAAGUUCAUGGCGCGAUCCUAAUAUGAAAAUGCAAGUGACACUUUUGAGUUUACACAAAAACCCGCUUGGAUUUGUCGUUAACAUCAAUCCGGAUCCUAUCAAUACGAAAAUCAGUGUUUGGCUGGGACUUCUCCUGCUGAUUUUCCUAUAUGUAAUGAUUUGUUUCGAUAUUACGGAUCGAACAUUUGCCUCAUUGAUGGCCGCAACAAGCGCCAUUGGCAUCCUUUGCUUUUUGGACGAAAGACCCUCGUUGUCAAAGAUCAUCGGAUGGAUGGAUAUGGAAACUUUGAUGCUACUUUUUGGCAUGAUGGUCAUGGUGUCGAUCAUUUCGGAUACGGGCAUCUUCGACUAUCUGUCCGUGAUUGCCUAUCAGCUGUCUAAGGGAAAGAUCUGGCGGCUUCUAUUCUUUCUGUACAUGUUUACAGGAAUUGUGUCGGCGUUUCUGGAUAAUGUCACCAUCGUGCUGUUGAUGGUCCCGGUAACAAUUCGCCUCUGCGAGGUAUUGGCAAUAAAUACAACCAUAGUUCUCAUCAGUGUGGCGAUCUUCUCGAAUAUUGGUGGAACACUGACUCCAGUGGGGGAUCCACCAAAUGUUAUAAUCGCAACUAACGAAUAUGUGCGUGAAUCUGGCAUUAAUUUUGGCAACUUUAUGCUACAUAUGCUGCCAGGUGUUGUGAUAUCCAUGCUCCUUGCCUUUCUCAUGAUCUACUUCAUGACGCGUAACAAACUCAAGGAGAGUGGCGAUCAGUUGCGACGUUCUAUCGAGAUGCUUGAGGCGCAAGCUGAAAAAAGCAAGGAUACGCAAUACAAUCCGAAAAUAGUCAUACAUAUCGCUGAGCUCAAGGAACGUUUGAAAAAGGAAGAAUCUCUUAGUCCAACUACGCAUAUUGAUUUUGAGGAAACACUUAAGGAAAUCAAGUCGAAACAUAAAAUCAGAGACGUGCCAUUGCUGAUCAAAUGUUGUAUAGCCUUUGUAACUAUUAUAAUGCUGUUCCUCUUCUGCUCUAUUCCCGAUUUCAAGGGGAUUAUGUUGGGCUGGGCUGCCAUUUUAGCGGCUCUUCUGCUUCUCAUAUUGGCUGAUAAACCAGAUGUAGAUUCGAUCAUUGAGCGUGUCGAGUGGUCAACUCUAGUCUUCUUCGCCGCCCUCUUUGUUCUGAUGGAGGCACUCGUCGAUAUGGGAUUGAUCGACUGUAUCAGUGACAUUACCACCUCAAUUGUCAAAAGCGUCGACAAGAGCAAUCAAUUGACGGUUGGCAUUUUGUUGGUGCUUUGGAUCAGCGCGAUAUCCUCUGCUCUUGUGGACAACAUUCCCAUAACCACACUAAUGCUAAAACUCACCAUCAAACUGGCCACUAACGACACAAUUGCUCUUCCCCUCCAGCCAUUGGUCUGGGCCCUCUCCUUUGGCGCCUGCUUCGGUGGAAAUGGAACUUUGAUCGGUGCUUCAGCCAAUGUGGUAACUGCCGGCAUUGCCAAACAGCAUGGUUAUGAGAUCAGUUUUCUUCUCUUUUUCAUUAUCGGUUUUCCCAUCAUGAUAAUGACCGUGGUAGUGUCGACUAUAUAUCUUUUCAUUGCUCAUCAUCUAUAUACCUGGAACUGAAAUCAAUUCCCAAAGUAUUUUACCCCAAAAUUGUCGUUGUGAUAUCGAAUAAUGAACUAUCUAAACGAAUUUUGUAUCUUUCAAUAUGUAAGUGUACAUUUAAUCGUUUAGACAGUUCAUUAUUGUUAUUAACUGUAAUUUGUAUGUAAAAUAAAAUUUUGAGUGGUUCCCCUUUAUUUCUA